AUGCCCUUCUUUUCCCUUCACCAAGCCCAACAAUGCUUCUUCCUUUACAGUCCAAAACCCUUGUCUAAAUUUCCCAGAGCCAGAACCCUGUUCUUCCUCUGCUCAAAAAUGUCUUCAAAUUCCAAUUCCCUCCAAAAUUACCCAACACCACUAUCCCCUCCCUUGCCAUCAAUCUCGAAAGACAUAGAGCUUGCCAGAGCCAUGUCAGCUUCUUCAAAAUCAAGCCUUUUUGGACUCUCAAGAAGUGAUAUUUUAUAUGAAGACGAGUGGCUCAUUGCUGUCAACAAGCCUCAGGGGAUUUAUUGUGAUACCAUUCUGGCCUCAGUUCCUCGCUUUCUAUCUGGCUCGGCCCCGUCAGAUCGGCUCUGUGAAGGGAACCAAGCCAGCACAUUAGAGCUCCAUCUGGCCAAUCGACUUGAUCGUGACACAAGUGGUGUCAUGGUUAUAACCAAGUCACACAAAGUAGCUUCUGUGCUUGUCAAAGCAUUUACUAAUCACAAGGUUCAGAAAACAUAUGUUGCUUUCUGCAUUGGUUCAGCUCCAAAAUCAGAAAGAAUCACCAUCAAAUCAGGUCAUGGUCGAUCAAAGUUCGGAGCAUGGCGUGUAUAUGCUGCAGGAGAUGUAGGUCGAAAACUACCAGGAGGUUCCAUAGUUAGGGAUAUGGAAACUACAUUUGAGGUAUUAUCAAUCAACGGACAACAGAAUUACAAGGAGCAAUCUGAAUGUAUGGAAGAUGAAGAACAUAGUAUUGUAGUAGAAGAAAAAGCUGUUACAGAUGUUGAUGCAAACAAAGACGAGAUUUUGGUUAGAGCAUUUCCUCGAAGUGGAAGGACGCAUCAAAUUCGAUUGCAUUGCCAAUAUCUUGGGUUUCCUAUUAGAGGGGAUGUGAAAUAUGAGGGUGUCUAUGAGUGGAAAGGGAGAACAUAUGACGCCCACGAGCUUCAUGCUGAGAGCUUAACUUUUCAGCAUCCAGUUACUGGUUUCCCUCUCCUGAUUCAAGCACCUCUUCCUUUGUGGGCUAGCCAAGCACUGCAGCUCUUAACAGAUUAAAGGGCAUUCUCUGCAUUCAUUCUUAUGUGCACUUAACACUUCUUUUGUAUUCCUUCUUCGCGGUAUUUGUAGGAUUCUGCAUUCCAACAUAUUUGCAAACCGGAUACGCGAUUGUAAGGCCUCAAAUUUAGCAUGAUUCGUCAGUUGUUUUUGCAGCCUUUUCCUCACUUAAAUGUUAUCAAGUUGGUAAAAUAUCAUUAUCAACAACGGUUUCUAUUUUCUUUUGAGAAAUAUAUUUCAGGAACCACUUGACAUCAUUUGAUUGUAAAUAUCCUUAUCCUGUUGAUGAUUUUUGGAGGCAAAUAAUAGCCUGAAUUUAUGUAUAUAGUAACAACUCUUAACCCCCAGAAUGUUGCAAAUGGCUGAAUUUAGUAAGUGUUUUACUGAAUGGCAAUAUUGUUAUCUUAGUCUGUGUAA